AUGUGGGAAACGAAUUUAAAAGAAUGGAUUGGGCUUGUAUGCUACACAUGGCUUCUCAUGGCUCGUGUUCAAAAGUUGAGAGUAAAGGAAUAUUGGUACAGAGAUAUACUUCUGAGCAAUCCAAUUUUUGACGCAGUUAAGUCCCGUGACUAUUUUAUGUUACUUUUGAGAAUGUUGCAUUUUAGUGACAACUCGGCCAAUCGUACAGAUGACAGUUUGUUUAAAAUUAGGAAAAUAAUUGAUACAGUUCGUGUGGCGUUCCGCAGUGCAUUUAAUCCAUACAGAAAACUCUGUGUCAAUGAAAGCCUAUUAUUGUUCGAAGGUCGCUUAUCUUUUAAACAAUACAUUCCUUCGAAACGAAGUAGAUUAGGAAUCAAAAAAUUCGUGUUGUGCGACUGCAAAACUAGAUACAUCUUGGAUUUCAUUGUAUACACAGGUACAACAAGAGAAAUUGAAGUCCAUAAUUGGGGAAAUCUGGUGAUAUUGUGGCAACACUAA